AUGCCUGUCAAGCUAUCUUUAACAUAUUAUGCAUCUAGGAGGAUUUUCAGCUUUGAUGCUGAUUUUCAGCUGGUGAGAAGGAGAUCUGCAGGGCUUGAGUGGAAUAAACCAAAACAUAAUGGACAUUUCUUCUUAGAUCAGAAGUCUGUUGAUGCCCAUCUUGAAAAAUACACACAAGAUACCAGUACUGGCAACGAGAGACCAAUAUUACUGAGAAUACUGUCCAUUCUUGGAUUGAAGAAGAGAAGCAAAACAAUAUACCUAUUAGUUAGAAAGUUCAAUAUUAUGUAUAAAUUAAAAACAAGAUGGAAUCAUUAG